CAACAUUCCGAGUCAGUAUAACGCCGUACGUGACGCGCGACAGCUCGUGCACGUGCUGAUUUUCGAUUAAAAAAAAAAACGCGACUCAAGUGAUUUCGUCUGUUAAAAAAAAACGUCCCUACAAUGCAGUAUGAUCUCGAUGGAACGACAGAAAGCGGAAGCACUCUUAGAAGGAUUGCUCGGAGACCUUCAGAGAGUGAAAGAUAUUCGAAGAUUGGACUUGUUGAGAAUCACGAGGCUGAAGGCUGAUCUACAGUACCUGAGAAGAAGGGGGCUGCUCAAGGCGUCCGGCGGCGAGCUAUCCCAUCAAGGACGCAAAUGCGCGCGAUGCGGCGCGCCGUUCGGUAGAUUUUACAACACCGGCGCGAGGUGCACGCGUUGCAGGCACCGUGUGUGCAGGCAGUGUCGCAUCGAGAUCGGGAACCACGCAGCGGGCGACAAAGAAGCCGAGUGGAUCUGCAACAUUUGCUACAAGAUUGCAGAAUUACACUUGGUCACCGGCAAGUGGAUGUACGAGAGUCCAGUUUCCAGUGGAUCCGUGAACGAGAAAGCAUCGCCAUUUCCAGUAGAUAUACUGAGUCGCAGCAUCCGACGAGCUUGGACGAUUAAUGGUCCUCCGACACGUUGGUCAGCUGCGAGAAAGUCCCCGGAACUGCGCCUAUAUCGUAGUCUACCAUCUCGCCAUCAAGACUAUCGAGAAUCAUUGGAUGACUCGAGCUUCGACGAUAGAACAUUAUCGAAAUUCGAGGAUUCACGAGAGGAAAGUUCGAACGCGAAGAACUACAAGGACGCCGAGGACACAGAGGGCUGCGCGAAUGUAGACCAAACGAUCGAGAAGAGCACAUCGAUCAAUGAACGAACGAAACGAGAGAAGUCGAUCGGUAAACCAGAAGAGGAAGCGUCAUCAACGGACGCGGGAAAAUUCAGCAGGAAGGGAGAGCGAUCGGGCAAGGAGCAGGAGGAUCCUUCGCAGGAGCACAGCACGCCAAGGAUCUCCCUGAUAAAACCACCAAGGAUACUCGCGAAGUUCAUAUCGCCCGAGGCGAGACCAAGCCCAACCAAGCAUGGCGAGAGGAAGUCGAAUAUUCCUAUCUUCAAAAGGAGCUCCAAGGAAUUCGAGGACAUCCGAAGUCCGCAGGAGUCGCCUAAGCGAUCCCUUAUUCCUCAGAGAUAUAGAGGAAGCACCGAUGAUUUACGUCGCAGUCGCGAGGACAUAAGCGUACCGAGUUUGAUCCCAAAAUUGCUACCCUCCCGUAGCAAAGAGGAACGAUUGAAGCGGCAAGACAGCAAAGACGACAUCCGUCAUUCAUCGAAAUCCAGGCCAAAGGAGGAGACUAAGUCCUCGUUGCUCGUCGUCUCACCAGUGUCUGGCGGCAAGGACGAGGCCGGCAAAUCGGGCAUAAGGAUCUUUCGCCGCGACAAUAGUCGCGAGGACGUGGGCAGAGACGGCACGAGUCCGAUCAAGGAAUCCGCGAAAGGUAAGCAGCAGGACAGGCAAGAAAGAACGGAGAGCGUGGGCGACGCAACGAGAUCGAGAGUCGCCCGAAUCGAACAGAACCGAACGAGGUGCGAGGACGGCAAGAACGAUCCUCGAGGAGUUAACGACAUCGAGGAGUUGUCGUCGAGGAACGAGGUGACGGUCGAAGUCGCGAUCGAGCAGCACGAAGUGAUACUAGACUCGCGAGCUGAUGGGAAGAACCAAGACGCGAGAAUGCUCGACGUGAUCGUCGCGGAGGACAGCGUGCGGGACGAGCGGAUGCGAGAGCGGGAUACGAUAGGCGAGGAAGUCAUAAGCGAGAAGCGUUUGCUGGCAACUCCAGAAUCAGCCGAGCCCGUCGCGGAGAAUGACAAGGAGCGAAACAACAAUGACGAGGAGAUGAGAGACACCGCCGAUCGAUUGUUGGACGUCGGCAGCGACGGUGACGUCAUCGGUGAAAGAAAGGGCCCGCUGGAGAUUGGCUAUGGAAAGAGACCGGACGAGUUCCAAGUGGUGCGGCGAAAAUUCUCCAAAGAAGAAUUCUCGAAUCCAGAUGACACCGACGACACCCCAAAUAAGCGUUGUUCAAGCCAUUUGUCGCCGGAAGCCAGUCCACUGAGCACGAGAUCAUCGAGGUACAGUCCUCGGGAGAGCGAGAGCGAGCCCACUCCUGCAUUGCCACGUAAAACCGGAGGAGACUCCUGUUCCGCCUCCCAAAGAAUACGUGACACGAUUACGAGAACUAGAAGAGAAUCCAAUAGUAGCACCAGAUAUGAGAGCAGCGGUAGCGAAAGUGUCAGAUUAAGCGAGACCGGCCUGCACGGUUACGUGGAGCUGGCCAGGAAGGUGAAGUUUUUCGGGGGUACCGGCAGCGGCGCGAUUUCGUCAACGAUCGGCGGAGACGAGAUGGUGCAACGCGACAGUGCGACAAGUGCAGGUGAGGAUGAGAUCGGCGAGGAUGGCCACGAUAGGACAGGCCCGCUUCCUUCCCAGGGAAGAACAAUGCUGCGACGAAGAAGGCAGUUCGACGCUCAAGGUUCACGACGACGCGGGAGAUCGCACGCGAGAUCGUCCUGUUGCACCAGCGAGGAUCUGCAGAGCCUGCAGACGUUGAACCUGAUCGGACGCGGGGAUCGACCACGCAGUCCCAAUUCCGGAUCGACUGGUCCGGAGCAGGCGGCGGCAUCCGCAGUCGACUAUAGACGUCUCGUGUUCAUCAGCUCGGAUUCAUCGUCGGGCCGCGAGGAGGACGACGCCGACAGCAGUUGCUCGAGCUCGUCCUACCUGAACGGGCUACCGCGCAACAUUGGCCACCAUCAUCAUCAUCAUCACGCGCAGUCGCUCGAGGACUGCGACUGGGACUACUUCGAGAGCGGCACCCUGCCGCUGCCAACGACGCCGAGUGUCACCGUUCCUGGUACCACAUCGGACAUCAACGUCGGUCAGGACGCUUGGAGUUGCUGUCCGGGACGCGGCUCCGCCGCCUGUCAGGCUUGCGGCGGUUCCCGAAGCGCGAACGUACUCCCAGUGCCGGUGCCAAUACCGGUUCCGGUUCCGUAUCCGGUGCCUGUACCGGCCGCCCUGUGGACCGGCGACUUCGCGGCCGCCGCGUCAUCCAUGAUAAGCCGCGGCGACGGCCACGCCGAGUCGGGAACUCUGAGGUUACGUGGCGACCCGGCGGCGCCCUGGUUCGCCUGGCAUCCCCGUUUCAACCAGCCCUUACAUGGCGCGCGACUGGAUCCUCGACUUACCGGCACCUUCGAUCCUACCACCUGUACCUUCCAUCCGCCGGAACAGAUGAUGACUCCGAGACUAUACGGACCGAUAACCGAGACGGCGACGAUACCAUCGGCGAAUCUCGAAUCUUCCCAGGAUGUGAGAGAUGACGCGAAAAUCAUGUCGAAAGCCGAAGAGAUUAGAAGGGAGGAGAAGGGCAUCGGAAAAUCUGCUUCUUCCGUGAAGAAUAGAUUGGAAGAGACGAAGAACUUUGAAGCGGAACGCGAGAAGGAUGAGGAAGAGACGGAAGAGGUAGAAGAAAACGAAGGGGCUGCUUGUGAGGAUUCCUUAUCAUCGUCCUUCGAGAGAAGCGCGCAGGGGAUGUAUCAGCAUUCGCGAGAGGACUCGGGCAGCUCAUCCGGGAGAUCGUCGGCGGACAGUAGCGAUCUGGAGGAGGAUUCUAGCUCGCACAGGUUCUCCAAGGUGUUCGUGGUGAACGACGAUUCGCUCACUAGCGACAAUGAUAUCGAAGACAACGCGGAGGAUGAUUCGGAUUCCGCGGCGGAAGGUGGUGUAACCUUGAAACGCGUCAGCGCGAUUCCUGAAGAGGAACUGGUAGUACUGCAACACGUGAGGCUGCUAAAUGAGGAUGUUUUUGUGGAGAAUAGGUCGGAAGUAAGCGAGAAUGAAUUGAAAGAAUCCAAGAGACAUUCCAAGGCUCACAUCGUCGACAACGCUCGCUCUGAAGACGAAAACAAGUCACUGGAGGAAUCUGUCGCUACUUUGGUCAAUAAACGAAAAAUUCGUAACAGGAAGGAUGCAAUCGAUAACGAUGAUAACCAACUUCCUCUUCUACUACAGCGUCGAUCAAUCCCUGAAGAGAUAUAUCUAGCGGAUGAUAACGAAUGUUCCGAUAAUCGAAUCGAAUUGAAAUCCAUUAGAAUGCUCGAUCCCGAUAGUAUUGAUCCACCUGUAGACAUCUUAAAAACAGAUGAGAAAUCAAUUUUAAAAAUAUACGGGGAAGAGAAAAUCGUUGAUACGUUGAAGGAGAUUUCGCAAGACAAUCUGAUCGAACCGAAGUCACCUGCGAGCGAUGUCUGGGAUCCAACUAUCGUUCCGGAUUCUCUUGAAAUUUCCGAAGUUCCCGCCGAAAUUGUCAUCGAGGACGUCAACGCCAAUCAGCGAGAAAAACCUCGAGUUUACGAUAGUGACCAGAUUACGAGAUUGAUCGCAACAAACGAUUGCGAGAAACAAGGAGAUAAGAAGCCUUUAUCAGAGACGAUUUGUUCGAACGGCAAUGUCAUUAUCGACACGUCAACUGACAGUUGCACCAGCAAUGAGAGCAAUACUACAGGCAGCGAGAUUAGCAGCGAUGAGCUUCACGAAUAUGAGGUGACCCCAGCCGAAUCGUUAUUUGAUUACAACAACGAGGUUGCCGCGAUCAACGACAAGUUACUAUAUCAAACUGAUAGGAAGAGCACGGAAGAUACUACAAGAGAUAUUAAAGAGAAUGAUUCGCGUCUUCAUGAUAAUCGCGAUGGCAAAAAAAGUCCGACGAUGACGAAGAAUGACGUGAAAAAAAAUCAGUCCGAGAAAUCGAUCGGUGAGCGAGCUUUGAGUAAUUCGUCGAUGAUCGAUGUAAAGCAUGAUGGCGAUGAGGACGACGAAGACGAUGACGAAGGCUAUCGGUCUGUUACGUGUCGUCGCGGUGGUCAAGAUGGCGGGGCAAAAGACAACGACCCGAUAGCACCGACAGGCGAGGAACGGGUAGAAGUCGAUGUGGGCGAUGCAAUAACCACCAGCAGGAUGCAGGAGAUGUCGAGGAACGCGGAGGAGCAAGGUGGCGCGGGCGGCAAGAUGGACACUGCGCAUGACGGCCCGGUGAGAGGCGAGAUUGUUCAGGUGGGAGGAAAUAGUGAUGGUAACAGUGAUAGUGGUGGUGGUGGUGGUGAUGGUAGCGGCGGCGGUGAGAGCGCCGAGGAAGGGGACGCGACACGGUUUCGCUCAGUCGAGCGACGCCCGUGCACUCGGCAAGAGGAUGGAUUCCCAGCUGACAGUCAAGCAUCGUUCAAGGAUCUUGCGAGAGACCCAGCUCAGCACAAUAACAGUAGUAACUUUUAUAACAGUAAUAACAGUAGCAGCAGUAAUAAGUAUAGAAGCCUCGUGAUGAUCACCCAAGAAGCCUCAUAUCAGCCGGUGAGCGUCGUCACAUCGGACACUACAACGCUGCUGCAACCGGAUGAGAUCCAUUCGGUUGGAAGUCAAGGAGGUCUGGCCAGUUACUUUCAGCUGGCGCUAGAAGCGGCGAGCGAACCGCAGUUACAUCGCAAGAACGCUUCGCGUAAGCCGUUAAUGGUGAAAAAAUUACCACCGGUCGCGAUUACUGCGACAAGUCAUCAAUCGGCUGAGCCCGAAGCGGAUAGUGGUUUGAGUGUCGGUAGUGCCAGUGAAAGCGACGAUGUGUCCGCGUCGAAGAACGUGCCGAAGUCACACAAUUGUCGACAGGAGAGCGUCGAUGACGUGUCCAAGGAUCGUUCGGUGUCGGAUUGUCGCGAGAAUACGCGAACACGCGUUUCAUCACAGUCUAGCGAUGAGAAUUCGAGCGCUGGCGGGGUUAUCAUACUUGAAGAAGGCCUGGCUGACGAUGAUUCUUGGGUGGAGGAAGUGUCGCACGAUGAAGACGAGCAGGGCGCGACUACUGCCACGGAAGAGAGUUCCGAGGAUGAAGCUAAUAACUUUGGUGAUCGCGAAGAGGAGCUCAGAGGCUAUCGCAGGCAAGCGAUCGACUUUACCUUGCACACCAUCGUCGAAGAAUCUUGCGAGGAGAGUGAAACAGAACCCAGUCUGACUGCAGGAAGCCCCUCGAAGAAGCCGAGACCACCUUCCGCUUCAGAGCUGGAGAAAUACUUUUUCUUCGGAUUGGGAGGCGAAGGAAACAAUUCCAGCAUGGGCUCGCGCGAGGUCGACAGCCUGUCGGAGACCUCGUCGAUUUAUUCCGAAGGGUUGGAAUCGCUCGGACAAGAUGAAAGUAACGGUAUAAAUCAAAAUCAGGAUAGAUCAAAUACCAGCGAUGGUUUUCUCAACUCUUCUAGACUGGAGAAAUAUUAUUUAUCCGAAUUCCUUGGUUUCGAUCAGGAUAGAAGAGAUUCCGACGGUUCAGUAGGUAGUGAUUCUGAAGGUAGACCUAGCCCGGAAGCGCAGAGAAGAAAAAAAUUAGUACGUGCAAGAGGUACAGGUAGAUCUCACAGUUCUUCUUUGGAUAACCUAUUGGCACUCACGCAGAGCUCACAGAACUUGAGCUCGCAAAAUUCUCUUCAGGAUUUAAGUCUCAAUCAAGACGCGCAAGAAACUCAAUCUGAAGGUUCCUCGACGGAGACUGAUGGCACUGAUGAUGGUCAGACUGCCGUUUUUGGCACAGACGGCCAGUUUGAUACAGUGAAGCGCAAAAAGAAGAAACCGCGAAAUCUGGGAACUCAAAGCCCGCGCGUUCCGGACGAUCGAAAUAAGACACCGGAACCCAGCAGAGAACUGACGUUGAUGAAUGAGAUUGUAAUGGAAAACGACAACGAAGCGAUGAACUCCGAAGACUCGGACAGAGCAAAGACUCCACAGCCGGAAUCUAUUUUAUCUUCGUCUUCCUCGCCGUCUACUCUCACCAAUAGCAGUAACACGUUGAAUGCAGCAUCGUCUUCACAAAUAGAUUCUUCAAGAAAUUCUGUUGCAGUUAAUUCGAGCGACAGUCAGCGAUCAAAACAGCAGUCGCGGGACUCAGGAUUUGUUGGCAGCUGUGAUGAUCUUCUUCAGCAUCAAAAACUGCCAGAUGAUAGUCAAACGAGUGGUAUGGAGAUUGAUCAGGAAAUCGGCAAGGAUCGCCAGCUCAACAAGGUCUCGGAACAUUCUCAGAACACGAAUCGGAGUUCGGCUGAGGAAGGUGUGGACGGUACGGAAAAAAACAACGUGACAAAACACCCAGUGAAUCAUGCAAGUCUUCCGCAUCUGGCGAAUGCUUCAUUGUCGCGCAAAGAUAGUUUUAACAACUGGUCCAGUGAUGAAGAGACGAAUCUCAUGAUGUCGAAGAUGCGGCAGUUCUUCAAGACGAUGGUGGCCAAUUCGAGCGGACAAGUUCCGGGACAGAGCGUCAGCAACGCGAAUUCCAGCGGUGUCUCGCCGGCACCAAGUCCGCGACUUCCGGGUUAUGCCUCGAAGGCGCGUCUUUACGCUCAGAAUCGCACCAAACCGCCGCAGUUAGUGUACUUCGAGAACGAACUGACGCGAUUGAUGAAGACUGUCCCAGGAAUACGCGACGAGCAGGUGCGAGAGAUUGUCGAGUAUCUCAGCUCGGAGGACACGUGGUCGGAUUCCUAUGACAGUUCGGAUUACACUAGCUCCGAUCUCGAGGGCGCCGCCAGCGGACGUAGAUCCGCUUUGCAGGAGCAGAUCUCACAGAGCUGCCAGCAGAUCAUCAGCAAAUUCGACACCACGUCUGGCGGUGGCGGCGGCAGCGGCGGUAGCAGCGGUGACGCAACAUUAUCGGACAAGGAGAGGGAACAGAUGAAAGGAUCGGGAUCACGAUCGAGUUCCACGAUACAAACCGCACCCUGCUUGGGCAGGGAUACCGCGUUCGUCUACCAAAAGCUGGUGCAGAGCUUUACGAAGAUGGCCGGUGACGGCGUGAGCUCGGACGCCAAUUCCACUCCGCACAGCAGCCCGCCUCUAAUCGCCAAAGUGAUGCAUCAUAUCGGCAGCCGACUGGUAGCGCUGAUGCACGAGGUUUCGGAAGGUGGUCCAGCCGCCCAUCAUCACUCCACCACCUGGCGACGAUACUCUCAGCAUCAUCGGACUCCAUCCUCGACGUCCACCACCGAGGACGACGAUUCAACGUCCGAUUCCACCAACGCGCCUUCGUCGGUGCAUCUGCAGCUGCCAAGAUCGAAGUCGCACGACCCGCUCCUGUUGAUCAACAGCCACCCGGCAGCCUCUACCGGUCAGGAAGGGGAGGAACGAGAGGCCAGCGACUACGAGAGAUUUUCCUGGCGCGGUAGCUUCGAAUCCGCGCUGAUGGCCGCCGACUCGAGGACGAAACUGAGCCUGUUGGCGUGUUCCGGAGACGUUAGUAGUGGUGGUGGUGGUGGUGGCAGUGCUAGUGCGAGUGCCCUGGCCGCGAAGCGGCGCAGCGCCGGCGAUCUUUUGUUCAAUCCGAAGAGUUUCUCCAGGGAACAGCUGGACAGGGUGAGGAGUUGCGGUUCGAUCGGAGGCGGAAGCGGGGGUGGGACUGGCGGAAACGUCGGCGGCUCCGUGGAAGAGAGGAUCUGGAGCAACCGAAGGAGAUCCUCCGUUCCCGAUGCUAAUACCAGGGGAGAGUCAGGUGCAUCAGGCGGCGACGAGGACACCGAAGAUGAAUUGGAAUACGGCGGGGAAUCGCGAGCGACGACCCUUCCACGUGGCAUGCAAUCCGCCAUCAGCGCGGCCACUAAUUCCCUGCCACGACUACCGGCCGGAUCGGGUCCGCCGGCCGGUCUGACGAUGACGACGACGACGAUGUCGUCGUCGGCGUCAUCGUCCUCAUCGCCGAUGCACAAGGCGCACAGCGUCUACCACUUCUUGCCACAGCACAGCGGCGUGAAAUCCGCCCGGUAUCGGCCACCUGGCUUCGCCAGGAAUAGCAACGUCGUGCCCGGGGCGAUCGGCAGCGGACCUAAACGCGCCGUCAGCGCACCGGGUCUUCAAGUUUCCGGCUCGCAAUCCGUCACCGGCAAACGGGACAACUCGCGGUCGAGGAGGCAGCAGACGAUGUCGCUUACAUCGGACGAUGGAAGCAGUUUGUCAGAGGCAUGCAGCACGCCGAUUAUUGGAGCAGGAUCACGAGCAGGCUCUAGUCAUACAGUGAUGGACAUGGACGACAUGGAUCCGGGCCAUCUCACCACUCGCUCGUCUCUGUCGAGUCUUGGAGCACGCUCGGACUCGAUGGCGUCGGUAUACAGCGGUGCGGGCGAGGGACGUUGCUGUCGAUCCGUGGUCGUUACAGGUGAAGUAGAGUUCGCCUUGCAGUACGACUAUAAGAAUCUGACGUUUGAAGUGCACGUGACCAAGUGCAAGAACCUCGCGUCCGUCGACGUGAAGCGCAAACGAUCGGAUCCAUACGUGAAGGUAUAUCUCUUGCCAGAUAAGUCGAAGAGCGGCAAGAGAAAGACAAAGGUGAAGAAGCACACGUUGAAUCCGGAAUUCAACGAGACAUUAAAGUUCCAUAUGAGCCUGAGCGGCCUGGAGACGAGAACCCUAUGGCUGACGGUCUGGCACUCGGACAUGUUCGGUCGCAACGACUUCCUCGGCGAAGUGCGAAUGCCCCUGGAGAACAAGAUAUUCGACGACCCGUCGCCGCAUUGGUAUCCCCUUCAAGAGAGGACGGAGCCAUUCGACGAUCCGGUCGCGUAUAAGGGCGAGGUGAUUGUCGGCCUGAAAUUCGUCCCGCCGGAUCCGGCGCAGCAAGAACGCGAACGGGAGAGCGGCGCGGAACGUGGCGGAAGUUCCAAGGCGAAAAAAAAUUGGAGCCGCGGAGCGCUCCACGUGCUCGUCAAGGAAGCCAGAAACUUGCAAACGCGCGGCAAGAAUUCGGGCACCUGCGAUCCCUUUUGCAAAAGCUAUUUGCUCCCCGACAAAGGCCGAUCCGGUAAGCAGAAGACCGGCGUCGUUCGUAGAUCUGUCGGUUCGCCGGUUUGGGGUCACACGUUUAUUUACAAGGAUGUCAGUUUGCAAGAAUUGGCAGAACGCGGAUUAGAGUUAACAGUCUGGGACCACGAUCGAAUCGCCAGUAACGAAUUCCUCGGCGGAGUUCGAUUUAAUCUUGGCACCGGGAAGCAUUAUGGAAAGCCGGUGGAUUGGAUGGACGCGACCGGCCGCGAAUUGUCUCUGUGGCAGAAUAUGCUGGAGAGGCCAAACUUCUGGGUCGAGGGCGCGGUGACGUUGAGGCCGAAUUUGCACAAUCACGGGAAGAGCAACAGCUCUUAAAGGCAGCAAAAGCGACGCGAUGGAACGCGAUAAGGAUUCGCUCCUUGAUUCUCAUUUCCGAGGUCCGGAAGUGCCGAUUUAGUCCAAGUCGAUUGUAUGUACAUAGCUCUAAAAGCGUCGUGCUUACGAUGAGCGUAUUCUAAAUAAUAAUCGUGAAUAAUAACGAAAAAUCAGUGCCUUCGGGAGCAACGUAAACUCGUCUGAACGAGCCUAGAGGAAAAUUUCCUGCGAACUUCCGUUCCGCUGCGAAGAUCAUCAAUUUAGUAUAUCAUUGCCGCAGUUCCGGUGGCAAUUAUUAUAUAAUAUAAUAAUUGUGUGAACUAAUUUCAUUUAGAUUUUCUGCCUUUUUUUAUUGUUGUACGUUGUCUGCGCUUAAUUUCUAUAAAUCUAUAUAUUUUUGAAUUUUUAUAUGAAAGUUUCACAUAAAAUUUCUGUUAUACAUAUAUUUUUUUCUGAGAUCGCACAUUGCACAAAAUAGUUACUUUCUGGUUUCUUUUAAAUCAUAUUUUGCUUUUAUUUUAUUGCCACACUUUGGCUAUUCUAAAAAAAUAUUAUAAUAUCUUGAUGAAAAUUAGAAAAUACAGUUAAUUUCAUAAAUCAUUUUUCUUUGAAUUGUUAAGCGAUAAAAAUGAUGAAAGAAUUGGCUAUACAUUAGACUUUUCUGUUAUUGCUCGCUUGUGUAUUUUUCGUUAUAUCUUCUUUUACGCUGGAAUUCGUAACAACUACAUUAACAUAAUUGACGUGCCAAACAUGAAAAGUUGUGGCGAAUUCGUGCUGCGAUUAAUUUCUUUAAUAUUUAUAUAUUUUUCAAAUUGAAAAGUUUUAUAUUAUUAGAUACACCUUGUUUAAUUUUGAUGUUAUUGGGUCUUUAAAAAAAAUAUUGUUUAUUUUAUUUUCAUAACCACCAUACUUUCCUUUCUUCGCAUAUUUGCAAAUUAUGAAAAUUACAGCGAGACAUAUAAUUCUUUUCCAUUUUGAAGCUGCUUUACGUUAUAUAUUUUUCCUUAUUAUUUUCGAUAGCAAUUAUUACAAAGCAUCCUAAUGAAUAUACUGUGCAAAUAAUUUAAUUAAUUAAUAAAAAUUUGUGCAAUAUUAUAAGUCAUUGAGGAUAUUGUUGGAUUAAAAUAUAUAUUCUUAAGAAUCCUGAAACGGGAAUUAGGAAAAAAACUGCGUCCGCACAAAUAGCUGACAGAAUAAUCAGCAUCUGCGGACACGUAAGUGUAAGUUCUUCGCUAUCCGCGAGUAAACAAAUUAGAAAUGGCGAAUAAGUUCUUUCGUCAACUUCCAAACGUUGAAUCGCCAAGUAUUUUCAAAUUUUGCGAAAUUCUAUCUCACAAAAAAAGAUAUCUGAAAAAUAAUUUGAUAGUGCACAAAAAUAAUUCACUAAAAUUUUUAAUCUCUACAGAUGCGCGUUGUAGGUCAAUAGCUAUGAAAAUAAAAAAGAUUGUAAUAUAUUAUGUUACACACACACACAUAUAUAUAUAUAUAUAAUACAUAUUGCGAAUAUAUUUGAAAAAUUGCAAAAGCAAAUAAACGGAAGGACCGAAUUAUGUUUUUAUAUUUUAAGAUUAUUAAUUUUAGAAUUUGAAAUGAAAAUACUAAAUAAAUAAUAAUAUAAAGGAAUAUAUAUAUAUAUAUAUAUAUAUAUAUAUAUAUAUAUAUAUAUGAAUUGAAAGGCUCUGAUAAAUAUCUGAAUAAGAAAUAGCGGGCUAAUUAAAAGCUGAUCACGGUAAAUAAUGCGCGGAUUAUAUUCGUUAUUUAUAUACGUUUCUUGUUUAUUAUGAAGGCUUAUUUUUUUAUUUUUACAAAUAAUCAAUAGUGCUUCCAAUUUUUUUUUAUUUAAUGCGUUAUUUUGACAAAGAUUCAAAGAAUAGAAUUGCAGAAACUCACAUUAAUUUCUGUUCUAAACUUUUAAUUUUAUCACUUAGGUCUUUUCUUUUUUGCAGAACGGUAUAUAGAUGUAUAUUUUUUUCGAAAACAUUCGGAAUAAUCAUUCCUUUUUUUUCGUUAAGAAUAAGAAGUUCUUGAUUGUCAAAAAUAUAAAAUGAAUAUAGUGUGUGAUUUGUAGCGAAUUACUAGUAUCGUCCGAUGAUGUUUUCUACGUGCCACAUGGACAUAUUUUUCAUAUCAGAUGCUUGAUGCAAUGACUUAAAAGAUCAAAGACUUGUUCAUAAUUCCGAGAAAAAACAAUAGAGAACAAAUAUAUACAAGAUAGAUUUCAAUUUCACAAACAAUGACAGCAUCAUAGAAGAUCCUAUAUCUCUACAGAAUAAAGUUGAAUAAUUUGAUUUUCAAGUUGCAUUAAGGGAUAUCCCAAUAUCAAUAAUCUUACAGAAAUCAAGGAAAAGGUGAAGAAGUAAAUAACUGGUUUAGACGUUAAACACAUUGAGAGUGAAAUUAAUGAAAAAAAUAGCGCGAUUUAUGCACUGAAGGACCAAAUCAAACGGCAAGAAACUUAUAAGAAAUAGAUAGAAUGAAGAAAAAUAUUGAAAAUUUAAAAAAUUUGCAAGCUUUGUCAAAGAAUAUAUUAAACGUAAAGAAUUAAAAAAGCAAUUGAUUAUUUGUGAAAGCAAAAACAAAUAAGCCUCAUAAUAAGCAUAUAUAAAAAUAAUUUGCGCACUAUUUACCGCGUCGGCUCUUAAUUAGCUCUUAAGCUAUUUCAUACUAUAUUUAAUAUCGGAGUCUUUCAUUUCAUAUAUGCAUUAGAUACAUUACUGGUCUUUUAAUAUAUAAUGUUUAUAAUGUAGCCAGUAUUUCAAACAUGAUCAAAUGAUGAUGAUGAUUUAUUUAUACUUGAAGCGGAGAUGUUUUCUAAAUUUUUAAAUGUUUUGAAAAAACAUUCCACAGUGACCACUGAUCGAUUUGACUCAAAUCCUUUUAAUCCUGUCGCAUCAAGAUUGUUGCUGCACGUGACUUGGCGCGAGAUACUAAAACUCAUGUCUCUUGAUAUAAAAACGAACAUAAACAAUUAUUAUUAUUGAUAAUUUAUCAAUAAUUUGUCAUUGGUAAUUAUUAAUUUGUCAAUUUUCGUACAUGCAAAUGUGGAGAACGUUAUUUCCUAAAUAUCUUACAACAAAAUCUUACAACAAAAAACAGAAAAUCUUUAUCUCCGUGAUAACUCUUUUAUCGAAGCUAAUACUUAUGACCGUUGAAUGACAAUUUAAACGAAGUUAUACGAAUGACAAUUUAAACGAAGUUAUUAUAAACAUAUUCUUUUCAACAAAAAUCGAUGAAAUAGUGGAUCCUUAUAAGAAUUCUCUUUCACUGAAAAUAAAGGAUAAUAAUUCAUAUAUGUAAUGGAGAAUCCAAGAAUUUUAUAAAAAUAGAAUACAUUUCUUUCGUCCAUUUGCCUUUUAUCUGCCGAGUAAAUUAUUCGAGACUUAUAAGUAAAGAAUUCAGCGUUUUGAAUUUUGUGGACACUUUCCUUUCUUGGAAAGAAAGAUGCUUCCAGCAAAUAGGUACAAUAGAAAUGAGUGAGUCUCUGGAGCGAGUGAGCGAAGGAACGGUGUAUUUAAGACAUUUAAAUAUGACCGCUUCCCUUUUCACAAUUUGAACGCGAAUACACAUUCUCAUAGAUAUAUUUAAAUAUACAUAUACGUAUAUAAAGGAAAUUCGCCAUUCAUAUAUACGUACGUAUGUAAAAAUGAAGUUUUCUUCCGGUAAUUUCAAAAUGACCGUAACAAGCUCGAAUUCAUGAUUACGUUAAAUGCGUUGAAUGAUCCAUUUUUUUUAAUCCCUCUGUAUGUAUUUAGCGUUAAAUGUUUUGUGAGAUUCGAUAUCUGUAUUAAAUAACAUUCGAUAAUUUCAGUCACAAUUAGCGUUAAAUGCUGAAGCGUUAUAAAUACGUAUCGAAUGUUCCAUCAUAAAUCGAAGGAUCGAACUGACGUAUAUUCGUACUUAAUUGUUUUCUUAUACCUUCGAUUAUAUUUGUGAGUGUGACAUCGUAAGUUGUUGCGUAUUGUUAGCUAUAAAAGACUUUCUCUCUUCCUAGAAACAGGGUUUUAACGAAAGGAAACUAUAUAAAACUGCCUUUAACAUUACGUAGGGAUUCAAGUGAUGUGCGUAAGCAAAAAAAUAGAUGAAUAAAAAAAGUUUAACUUAGAUAUAUAUUGAUUAUGUCUGUCAAUUUCUAGCGUAAAUUAUAUUGUUAAGUAAGGUAUAUUUCAAAUAGGAAAUUUUUAGUUUAAAUAUGUGACUCGAGAAGAAAACGAUUUCUUUGAUUUAUCUCUUAUGAGAUUUAAAUAGAAAAAUUUAAAAAUAACAAAAGAUAGGAAUUAUAAAGCCAAACAUGAUGGAGGGAAUGUAAGGAAUUUAUAAUGUAAGUAAAUUAAAUUUCUUAUAUAAAUUUCUAAUUCAGCUAUUUUUUGCAGGACCAAUAUUUGUGUGGUAGAUUUAAAACUAACACAAAUUCUCUGAGAAAUAUAUAUAUAUAUAUAUAUAUAUAUAUAUAUAUAUAUAUACAUAAGAUUUCGAUAUUCUCGAGAUACUAAAUUUAGUGUCGUUGCGAUAAUUGUACGUCUAGCAUUUACGGACCAAUAGCAAUAGAAACUCGAAGAAUUUACGAUAACCCGUUACGUUUUCUAUCUCGAUAAAAUCCCCAAGUUACUCUACGAUAUGUUAGUCCACUUAGAGUACUUAAUAUUACGGAAUGUAAUGUUAAAAACUUAUGUUAGAGAAUCAGACAUUUAUUUAUAUGUCGUUCGUCGGUGUGUAUAUGAUAAUAAAAAUUUUAUACGUUUACUCGUA